AUGGAGAGCUGGCCCUGGCCGUCGGGCGGCGCCUGGCUGCUUGUGGCGGCCCGUGCGCUGCUGCAGCUGCUGCGCGCGGACCUGCGUCUGGGCCGCCCGCUGCUGGCGGCGCUGGCGCUGCUGGCCGCGCUCGACUGGCUGUGCCAGCGCCUGCUGCCCCCGCUGGCCGCACUUGCCGUGUUGGCCGCCACCGGCUGGAUCGUGUUGUCCCGCCUGGCGCGCCCGCAGCGCCUGCCCGUGGCGACUCGCGCGGUGCUCAUCACCGGCUGUGACUCUGGUUUUGGCAAGGCGACGGCCAAGAAGCUGGACGCGCUGGGCUUCACAGUGCUGGCCACCGUGUUGGAUUUGAAUAGCCCUGGUGCCCUAGAGCUGCGUGCCUGCUGUUCUCCUCGUUUAAAGCUGCUACAGAUGGACCUGACCAAGCCAGCAGACAUUAGCCGCGUGCUGGAGUUCACCAAGGCCCACACCGCCAGCACUGGUCUGUGGGGCUUGGUCAACAAUGCGGGUCAGAACAUCCUCGUGGCAGAUGCGGAGCUGUCUCCAGUGUCCACGUUCCGCAGCUGCAUGGAGGUGAACUUCUUCGGUACACUUGAGAUGACCAAGGGCCUCUUGCCACUGCUGCGCCAUUCCAGCGGUCGCAUCGUGACCGUGAGCAGCCCAGCAGGAGACAUGCCAUUUCCGUGCUUGGCUGCCUAUGGGACCUCCAAAGCGGCCGUCGCGUUGCUCAUGGACACGUUCAGUUGUGAACUUCUACCCUGGGGUGUCAAGGUCAGCGUCAUCCAGCCUGCCUGCUUCAGAACAGAGGCAGUGAAAGACAUGGACCAGUGGGAAGAGCGCAAGCGGCAGCUGCUGGCCAACCUGCCCCGAGAGCUGCUGCAGGCCUAUGGUGAGGACUACAUCGAGCACCUGAACGGGCAGUUCCUGCAUUGUCUGAGCCAAGCACUGCCAGACCUCAGCCCGGUUGUAGAUGCCAUCACCGAUGCGCUGCUGGCGGCUCAACCACGCCGCCGCUAUUACCCAGGCCACGGCCUGGGGCUCAUGUACUUCAUCCACUACUACCUGCCUGAGGGCCUGCGGCGCCGUUUCCUGCAGUCCUUCUUCAUCAGUCCCUAUGUGCCAAGAGCACUGCGGCCUGGCCAGCCCGGCCUUACCUCUGCCCGGGAUGUAGCCCCGGACCCAGGCCCUAAACUGGGCCCUUCCCCCACUGUCCAAUGA